CUGAGAAGUUCGAACGCCGCGCCGAUUUUGUGAUGACAUGGCAGUUUGAGUUUUUCAUUUCACUGAGAACGAAAAAAUGCGCUUUUAAAGAGAGAGAAAAAAAAAGUUUAGUAGGCUAUUUUUAACCUUUAUCUUUUUUUCCCAUUGUAAAUGUCACAAACAGCAGACGAUCCACACAUUGCGGGAAAUGUACCCGUUACACCGGUUCAGUUAAAAAAGUUUCUCACAGAGGCACCGUUAAUGUAUACAAGUAAACUUUCCAGAGGAGCAGAAAAGCAUAUUUUAACCAACUGCUACCGGUCUUUAUGGAGCAAUGAUCUCGACUUGAUGCAAAAGUACUUUUUUAAGGAAGGGCUUUCUGACAGCGACAACCUUUCACAAUUGCUGGAAAAAUACAACUUGUUCGGUUCUACCAAAGAAGAUAAAGCUGAAAAAAGUCAAGAAGACGAACCAGAGUACUGGGAAAGUCAAAGAGGCAAACAGUGUGGUCAUUUGUUCAAAAACGGUGAGAGUGUUUAUCGUUGCAGAAACUGCGGUUUAGAUGAUACAUGUGUAAUGUGUUCCAAGUGUUUUCAUGCAACUGACCAUGAAAAUCAUGAUGUCAAAAUUUGGAUUAGUAGGGGAGCAGGAGGUUGUUGUGAUUGUGGUGACCCAGAAGCAUGGAAAAUACCACUAUGCUGCAAGAUUCAUUCUCCCAGUUCUGAUAUACCCAAUUCAUCCAGUUCACCAAACCAAGUCUCCUUGGAGCCUAUUUCUUCUAUUCCUGUUGAAACCAUGAAUUCUGUUAAAGAAACAAUGGUUGUUGUCAUUAACUACAUUUUGGAAACAUUUGCUACUUCUCCUGAAGACGUGAUUUCCUCUCCAACAGAUAUUGGCACUUCAGUCUCUGCCGAAUCAAUCCAACAAGACUGUAUCGACUCUCACGAUGCCCUUGGCUUGCCUGUAGAUUUAUCAACCCAAACUUAUGCCUGUUUAUUAUGGAAUGACGAAAAGCAUUCUUUUGAUGCUGUCAUCAAUGUUGUAAGACAAGCUAUUGGAUGUACCGUAUCAGAAGCCACACACGUUGCCGAAUGCGUCGAUGUUUACGGUAGACAUAUCAUUAAAGAGUCCAAAAACCUUGCCGAAUUAAUCGAAAUCGCCAAAAUAAUCAGUUCAAUUCAUUUGGCUGUCACUAUUUGCUCAACUCAGAAAACUGUGCGCGAAAGUAUUGCUGGUUUAUUGUUAGAUUGGCUCAAAGAAUUAACCGGUGGUCGUUACAAGUUUUUCAAUCAGGUGGAAGGCGGAAACUGUAUUAUCCGUGAUAUCAUUUGUGAUGUAUUAGCUAGUGAUUGGCAGUUAAGUCCUCAACUCGCAUCUUUAACUACACGUUCAAGAAGAUCAAGAAUGCCCGAGGAUGAAGAUGACGGAUUUGAAUUGGAAGGUGCUGACGAUAUGGGAGAUGACAGUGACGAUGAAGUUGAUAUGAUGUUCGACGGCGAUGUUCUUGACAUGGAGGAGCUUAGCGAAGACACAAUAAUGGAUGAAGAUGGUCUCGACGAAUUCUUCAAUGUCAUUAGCGAAAGUAUAAAUACUGAUUCCGGAGAGGAUGAGGGUGAGGACGAUGAUGAGGAAGAGGAAGAUUCAGCAGGAGAGUUUGUAGAUGCCCACGAAACGUCCCCAACAGGCGUAACAACAGCUAUGGAAACUGAUCAAAAUAUUCCGGAUGAAGCCGCCGAACAAUCAUCGCAGGAAGUCGUCAACAACUCACAAUCUACUAGAAGAAGAGCAAGUGGCGCACACUCUACUACACCUGCUUUGGCACAUCAUGUUGACAUGCUUAAACGAAGAAGAUUAUCAGCCUCGUCUCAAAACAAAUUAGGCAAGUCUCAAAAACCUCGUGAUAUUUUGGAUAUGGAUUGGAGUUUGGAUCAAUGGCUCGAGCAUACGGAACAGUUGGAAUCAGACGAAAGAGUGAUUGCACAAGAACUGGGUAUUCCUUACGCUGUAGCCAAUGACGACAUUUCAGCCACUCGUCGCGUCAACGCUAAUCUUAAAAAGGAGUUCAAGCGUAAACUUCGUAUCGAUUAUCUGUUGCAAUUCGACUUGCGUCUUUGGAAGACGGCCCGUAUCAGCAUCAAGGACUUAUUGAUCGGUACAUUUAUCUCCAAUUUUGAUUUCCGACCUGUCAUUGGAACCAGAUUUGCUCGUAACUACCCAGAACUUGUUGAUGCAUUUUUCUUUAAGGACAGAGAACCCGAAAAUUCAGUAAGCACAUUAUCUGUUCAACUUUUAACAGUACCUAGUGUGGCAUUAUUGCUUGUGAAAGACUUCAAGUUCUUUGGUAUCGUUUGCUCAAUCUUGCAAAACUUUUUCUUGACCGAUAGUAUCCAUAUGAUGCUCCCCGAAAACAAGGGUUAUGCCGGUUCUCAAGUGGAUUGUACUGCAAAAGCUAUCGGAAGACACCGCUAUGCGUAUACUAUCUUUGACUUGAGAUACGUUAUGAAUGCUGAACCUGUCAGAUUGGAAAUUUCUAAAAAUCCCAUUUAUCUUCGUCAAUUCAUUGAUAUGAUCUAUCAGUUCCAAGCAAUGGAUCCCCUUCAACGCCAAACGGAUACUCAUGUAGAAUAUGAAUCCCAAUCAUGGGUUUCUGCUUUCAACAUGACUUUGCAAACAUCAAAAUUAUGCCGCUUACUUGCUGGUUGCUUCGAUUCUCUUCAACCUUCUGAGAUAACUGUUACUGAAGCAUCCCGUAACCUGUGUCGAUCUAUUUAUCGUGUAUUGAAAGCAUUAUCAGACUGGAAUCCUCAUCUUGCACCUCGUAGGGAUACAAAUACUUUUGAACCUGAUACUAGAGUAAUCAUUAAGGGGUUAAGUGGCCAGAAAUUCCAUCAAGUAAACACGCCUAAUGCUGGCGUAUUUGAAAUUGUGGACUAUGAUGUUUCCGAAAACCCGGUUUCCUUCCAUCAUCCUUUCCACUGGUUAUUAUCAGAACUUUUCGAGAAUGUAUCAUUAUUGAAUCAAGGAGUCUUGGCUGAACUUGGCUGGUUGGGAGGAUUUAAGCAAAUGGUCAACGAUGCUUUCCGUACCAAUGAUCAUGACAUGUUCUUGAUGAUACUUGAUUACCCCAUUAGAACUUUGACGAUCCUCUAUCAAAUCAAUUGUGGUGUUUGGGUUAGAAAUGGUUAUGCUGUCCGCAACAUGUCUCAUUCUUACAGAGAUGUCAAUGUCAGAGAAAACACCAUGGAUUGUGAUAUUUAUCUUUUCCAGGUUGGUUUGACGGUGUGUAACAGUGAUCAAAUUUUGUUGACCCUGAUCGAUCGAUUCCAACUUACAGACUGGUUCAAGGGAAAGCCCGAAAAGAAGUCCAUUUAUGAUGCCAGCCAAAAGACUUAUAUGGUCGAAGAAUUCCUCAAUUUACUCAUCAUCAGUGCUACAGAACAUGCCUAUGCUUCUGGAACAUCAACUGAAGAACGUAUUCGUCAAUAUAUUAUUCAAUAUCUUGGUAUCGGCAGUAUGUCUUAUUCUGAACUUUUAAAGUUCAUUCCCGAAAGCUUGAACGAACAUGAAUCAUUUGAAAAUCAACUAAACAUGCUUGCCAACUUUAAGGCGCCUGAUGGAUUAAGCGACAAGGGUCUCUAUGAACUCAAACCUGAAUAUAUAAACGAAAUCGAUCCUUAUUUCUGGCACUACACCCGCAACCAACGUGAAGAAGCUCAUAAUGUGUUGAAGAAGAGAUGGAAUCAAACAAAUCCUGAUAACAAGUUGGGUGAUAAAGAAGAAUUUGUUGUCAACCCCAAGGCCAACCGUAUUGAAAAUGGACCUUUCAGGCACCUUGGUAAAUUCUUGCAUUCUCAUACGUUCUGUCAAAUUCUCGUGUAUGCUCUCUGGGACGCUAAAUUCCACAAGGAAUCCAAGAGUGAUACCAUUUUGGACGAAGCACUUUAUUUGGGCAUGCUCGCCGUAACUGACCAAAAUAGUUCUGCUAGUGAAUUGGCCGCUAUGAAUGUCAAGGGCAAAUACAGAGCCGAUGUCAUUUUAGAUGAUUCUGAUACCAAAAAUUUCGUCGAGUUUGCUGUUACUGAUGAAUACUCUAUCCAAAUCAAUGAAAUCGAAAAAACACAUGCUACGUUGUUAAUUGUUCUUUUACGCUGCAUGGACGACAGUGAAUUGAGCCAUGCUCAUAAACGUUUAAGCUUUAUCAUUGAUAAGAUUGAACAACGUGGUUCUGACACUGCCAAGGAAAUCAUUGCCGAUUGGAAAGAGAGAAAGUCAAGAGAAACAAAGGCCGAUUUAGAUAAUGGUGGUAACGGUGGUAUCUCCGAAUAUGAGCGUAAAAAAGCUGCCGCUAAAGCUCGUCAAGCAGCCAUCAUGUCUCAAUUUGCCAACGCACAAUCUAAAUUCAUGGAACAACACUCCGAUCUUUACAAAACAGAUGACGACGAAGAUAUCAGAGAAACAUACGAGGAGACAGCCGUUGCCAAUAAUGAUAUUUCCUCUGAUUCUGAAUUGGAAAUUGUGCGUAAGUGUCAUUUCCCAGCUGAUACCUGUAUCGUUUGUCAAGAAGAAUUAGAUGACACAAAGUUAUAUGGUACACUUGGUUUGAUCCAACGCUCUAACAUCGAAAGAUACGCUGAAAUGAGCAACAAGAACGUUUUUGCUGACAUUUUGGAAACUAGCAACCAUGCAAACCCUUGGGCACCAAGAGAGGGUGCUGAAAAGCCUGCUCCCUUCAUUGGAUUCCCUACUGACUCUCAUAGAUCUGGCUUAGAUAUCUCUUCUUGUGGUCAUUUGAUGCAUUCUGAAUGUUUUGAUGCCUAUCAAAAAUCUGUUGAUAAUCAAGUGCUUAACGAACUUAGUAGAAUGUUCCCAUUGUCGCUGGCUCCAAAGAGUCGUUUCCUUUGUCCCUUGUGUAAAGCACUCGGUAAUGUUUUGGUCCCAAUUGUUUGGAAAGGCAAAAAAGAAGCUUAUCCAGGUGUUAUGGUUCCCUCAACCCCCUACUCUGAUUUAAGCAAAACGAUCAAGGAUACCAUGGAUGAUUUGAAGAAAAGAAUCCAAACUGCUCCUGAUGAAGAAGCACCUUUCAAAAGCGAUGAUCCUAAUCUAGUUAUUUGCGAUGAUUCACAACUCAAGCUUAUAUACAACAGGUUGAUGAAAGUGAUUCAUUCCAAUGCCAACGAAAGAGUUAUUUAUGAUACGGCUUUAAACUUGUUUGAUUCUGUUCAAGAAUUGCAUGAUAUGUAUGCUUAUACCAUCACAGAUUUUGAAAUUGCACAAAGAGGUUCAGAAAAUACCCGUGCAAGAGACUUGACUGUUGAACACACUGGAACUUUUAUCGAUGAUGUUUCAAGUACUUCUCAAUUGCUUCUCAAGAUCCUUGGUAUGACAAACAUGUUGAUCCCUAAAUUCAUGGACUCUCCUUGGCAAUCGGAAGAGCGUUGUACAAGCGAAAGAUUAGCAAUGGUUGCAUUGAAUCAGUUUAUGCCCGGCUGUUUAAAUACGACCGAAGAGUUCUCACUUAAAUCCGAGUUGGCACCAAUAUUAGCAGACGAUCCAUUUAGGGUCUUGGUCCGUAUGAGUUUCUCCGUUUCCCAGAACCCAGCGAUCGAAAUUCAUCAUUUACUUCGUUCAAUUUAUAUUGCAGAAUUAACCAAAACGGUGAUUGCUAUUGUACAUGGUGUAUUAAAUGACGGAAGAAUUUUAAAGGAAGAAAAGAUUAGCCAACUUUUGGAGUCCCUCAAUACAAACCAAAGACAAGCAUUGGGAACAGAAGGAGUUCAACAAUUUACACACUACGUACUUGGACUCUUAAAAGUUUCGCAAGAAACUAUUGAUGGAUUCUUCAAGGUUGUUUGUCCUGGCGCAUUUGUCGCUCUUGUACGUACUUUUGCUUUACCUUUCCUUCGAAAAGCACUUUUGUUUAUGGUCGUCCAUCACGGUUUCAUCCCCCAAAGUCCCACUGAUGAUAUGGUAGAUGAAAAGAGCGAAUUUGAAAACAUUUUGGAAAUUUUGCGAUUACCAGCUCUUGAAUCCAUUUUCGAAUUGGAAACAUUUGAGCAGGAAUUGGUAAGCACUUGGUGUACGGAAUACGUGAACAGCAAAUUGGUUGCAUCGCCGAAAGAAUUAGCGCUCCUUUCUGACAUCAAGGUCAAUUUGCCUACCAAGUUUAAACUGGCUACAUUGCCUUAUCGCUUAGAUCAACUGCUUGAUGAAAGCUCAAAACGUGUUUGCCGCAAGUGUAAGACCGUUCCUGAGCAUUCUGCCAUCUGUUUGAUAUGUGGAACCUUUGUAUGUGCUCGCCGCUUCUGUUGUACUGAAAACAACAAGGGUGAAUGUAACACCCAUAUGAAGAGCUGUGGUGGUGAGAUCGGUAUAUACUUGAUCAUCAAGGACUGUUUCCUUCUGUUAUUGCAUGACAACGGUGGAAGUAUCAUGAACGCACCAUAUCUUGAUAGCCAUGGCGAGGCUGAUAUUUUAUUUAAACGCGGGGCACCACAAUAUCUUAAUGACAAGAGAUAUGAACAGAUCAGACAAAUGUGGUUAACCCAAUCUAUACCUGCUUUUGUAAGAAGAAGAAUGGAAGCUGCUUUCAGUGCAACUAUUUGGGAAGCAUUUUAAAUUGAGACAAUUGUCAUAUAUUGUACAUUAAACAAACAAAAACAAAAAAAAAGUUAAUCAAAGAAAGAAAAUAUAUAUAGAUGUCUAAUAAAAAGUUUUGUAAUCUAUAUCUAACUUAAAAA